CAGGCGGCAGAUUUACCGAUCAUGAGGAAGAAGAAGAACCUGCUAGCGGAAGAAGAUGAGGUGGAUUUCAUAUCCUGUUGUGAUGCUGAAACCCUCAAGUUUGUUAUCCCACCUAAAAAGUACAAACUGAAUGUAUUAAUACACGCGCUGGUGGCUGGACCUAUGUGUGGACUCGGGUUUAGAUACCUCUUGCCUACAACUCUCAAUGCACUAUAUUACAACAAUACAGGUGCGACAGUCAUGUUGUUUAUAUUUGGCUGGUUUACGCUUCUGAUUGCCCAGUAUCCAUUGACAACAGGAGCGCCACCUGAGACUGCCACAUAUAGAACUACAGAUAUACUAGAGUUAUCUGCCCUUAUGAGAAGUUUCUAUGUCUACAUUUUCGUCAGUUUUGAUCUCCUGCAUAGGUAUUAUCCUGACACAUUUUUGUUGACAAAUCAAGUGCUGCAUGUGAUAUUUGUGUUUUUGCCAUUAUUUUGGACUGUUGGUGUACUGGCACCAAUAGAUUCAUUCUUCCUAUAUGCCUUGGAGCAAGCUCAUGUGUUCUUGUUUGGAGGAUCCUACAUGGCCUCAGAUAUCCGGUUGCUGGUAAUGGUUACAUUAUCAACAUGUGUGUUCAUUGGAGCAUAUUUCAUCAAAGUUUCACUGGGAACAAUCAUAUUGUGUGCAUUGGCUGGUUACCUGCUCAGUACUGAUCUUGGUGGGCUUGGUACCCAGCUUCUUGCAUUGAUCACCAGAAACCGAGUAUCAGCCAGUAGAACUGAUGUACGGGAACCAGACCGUGAGGAAUCUGGGAAGAAGUUUCUGUGGAAAUGGGGAAUAUUUGAGUUCCUGUACCAUGUUGUCAUGCUGGCUGUUGUUUGUGUAAUAGCAGGUCUGUUAAACAAGAACAGUACAAGUUUCAGCACAGAUAGUUGGAAGAUCCUAGGUUAUUGUAUUAUUGGAGUUUGUGUUCUUGAGAAAGUAGUGCGAGACCUACAGGGUGUGUUCAUAGUGUUUGGCUUGUGGAGAAAUAUGCUGUUUCCGAAAACUGUCAGGCAGCAAAGAAUUUUUCAGUAUCGAAAACUCUGGCUUACUCCCCUUGGUGUGAUGCGUAGAGGGCUAGUUAAUUGGGUUGGUCCAUUCUUGAUGUUGUCUUAUCUUUCCGUCACAAUAACAAGUACUGAUCCAACUUCUGUGUCUAUACGAGAUCAUCUAGAUCUUGCUACAGGCGUCUGGUACGUCUUUGGAACUGUCAGAGCUUUUAGAUGGAUUUGGCAAAGCACUGUACAUGCCCUGCUUGAGCUAUCAGUGGUUCAUAUUGUGAUGGUUACCAUGGAUACGAAUACAACAGUCAUAAAAUGGGGAAUUCCUAUACUUGCAAUGCUAGCAAGUCUUUGUAGAGACCGCUUGUAUCAACUUUCAAACAAACUUUACUUUUAUAUCACAUUGCUGAUAAGUUCCUGGACAGACAAGAAGCAGCGGCGAGAUUCUUCCAUUCCAAUCAUAGUAGUGUCAAUAAUAUUGUUCCCGCUAAUAUUUGGAGUUAUUGCAAUAGCGUCUGCUUUGUCAGUGCCUCUUCUACCUCUGUUUACUCUGCCACUAGUGUUAUUCUCGUUUCCGCGACAUUUAAGGUCGUGGCCGGAGGAUGUAGGAGGGUCAGCCAAUAGUUGUCCAGAUACAAACUUCUACAGACAGUUGGCACCAGAACUCUCGAAGGCAUUUUCUGCUGGAUUUGCAAGUGGGAGUAUUGGUGAAGCAUCCCCAGGUAACCAUUAUCUUGUCAGGUUUCAAGAUAGACUUAUCUGGGUUAUGGUUCUUGAGAGGGGCUCCUCGUAUUGUACCAUCAAUAUCAAAGGACUGGAACUACAGGAGACCUCAUGUCAUACAGUAGAAGCUGCAAGAAUUGAUGAUAUAUUUGAAUGUGCAUUUGAAGUACCAGAAUCGAUAUGUGCAGUGGGACGACUGAAUGAAUACCCUCUGCACUGUCUUACUCCUCUAGAUUCUUAUUAUUUAAAUGCAUAUUCAGAUGCUCGGAACAUACUAACUGGGAUAAUAGAUUCACCAAGUAGCACGGACGAUACAAUGAAAGCUUUUCUUAGAAGCUUAGUGUGGGUUUUACUUAAAUAUGUAAACAAAAUGAAAGUGAAACAGAUGAAAGAUAAAAAAAGUGCAAAGUUUGAUAGAGAGUUAUCAUUUAUUGCUCAAAACGAAAAACAUGAAUUAAAAGAAAUAAAUUCUAGUAACAAUACAAACAGUAGAACCAUUCCACAGAAAAACACUGCGUUACAGCCAUUAGUACCAGACUUUACACGGGAAACACGGUCCCCUACCCCACCACCUAUAGUAAAAGCUAAACAAAACAAAAUGGCAUCAUCUUGGGGUUCACUAGACAGUUUUACUGACAGUAUAUUUUCUGACGAUGGUAAUAAUACCAAAAAGAAGCCUAGUAAGCCCCCGGCAGCUUUAAAACCUAUACCUGCAAGAAAUAAAAGUCCAGAAAUAGAAGAUUUAUUUGAUGAGUUAGACAUUGGUUUACCUGCUUAUGAUGUUACUAAACCUAAACCAACACCUCAGAAGUUUGGUGGAGCAAAAUCAUUUGGAAAUGCUAUUUAUAAACCACAAACUAAUUUAGCGGGAUCUCCUGAUUUUAAAAGUCCUUAUUCAUCGCAACUUAGUUUACCAAAAGAAUGGCGUGAGUUGCCAUUAGAUAAUUCACAGGUGUCAAGACUGAUGAACAAAUUUCCAGCAGACUGGUACAGAUUUGUACUGAAAACAUUAGACUGGUCAUGUGAAGAACAGACUAAAGAGAAAGUGCUACAGGAUGUUAUGGGGGAUGAUGCCCUCAGAAACUGUUAUUCUCAACUUACAAUGGCCUGUUAUUCUAUAUUUGAAGGGCAAGGUUACAGUGGGCCAAGUUUAUUAUACAAGUGCUAUAUGGGUGAAGUGUCUAUCAAUGCCAUGUGGGAUUGGUUAGGAGAACAUACAGACUUGCAGAAUCUUGUUAAGAAAGCUUUCAGGUAUGGGUUCAAGUUGAUGAUGGAUCAGAUGUUGCUAGGGGAGAUGACCUCGGACCUUGAAUGGCAGGAGGCCCUGGAAGAGUAUGACAAUGACUGGUAUAUAGGCCUGGAGAAAGAUCCUGAGUGGACCACAGCUGUACUGGCCUCUACACCAAAUCUCUUCUCCAUUGGACAUAAUAAUACACAGAAUACAUACAGCAGUAGGACAUUGACAUUACAGUCUAUGGAUGUUAGUAUUGGUCGUCUAAACCCAGAGGUCGUCAGAGGUCAGUGGGCAAACCUGGCUCUAGAACUUCUGUACAUGACGAAUGAUGAUGAGGAACGUUAUAGUAUCCAAGCACACCCUGUCAUACUGAGAAACUUGACGGUCCAGGCGGCAGACCCUCCACUGGGAUAUCCUAUAUACUCCUCCAAACCUAUAUCUGUUCCAUUGUUAUGAUGCAGUAUAUCAAUAGGAACUGGACAGUCCAGGUGGCAGACUUGCUACUCUCAUGUUCUGAUACAUUCUUCCAGAUCUCUACUUAUCAUGCUGUUGUCAUGGUAACUUGAUGUAAAUGGUAUACUGAAACUGACAGUUACUUGUUUCAUAGUAGCAUGUGAGAGAGUUGUGUCUACGUCUGUCUUUGGUUCUUUUUGAAAGACCCAACAGUUUUCUUUUUUAAUUUCACAUAUUUAUUUGUAAAUCUUUUACUUGUAGUAGUAAAAUGUGGUCAUUGUAAAAGAUUGUGAAAAAAUGAAAUGAAAAAGAUACAUAUAACACUGUUCAAAGUUAGUUGUUGCAAAUAUUUGACAGUUGGACAGUUAUAUAUUAGAUAAUAAAAGUGAUGUUUUUUCAAAGUGCAGUGUACCACUGUUUUAUUUGGUGGGACUGAUGCUAGGUCUAGCUUUACAUAAUUAGUGUAUAUUUUUAUACUUUGUUAUAUUACCUUUAUAGUGUAGAAAUUGAAAAUGUUAAAGUUACACUAUCUCAUAGGUUUAUAAACUU